AUGUUAAUAAUUAAGCUUACUUAUUAAUAUUCUUUGAAAUAACAUUCUGAAUACGUUCCAUAUCUUUUAGAUCUUGAUUUAUUUAUUAUUUGGAAGAAAAAAUGUGACAGUGCUAAUAAAAAAGCUCUGAAUAACAAUAAAUCUAAUGAACCUAAAUAUUACAUAUAUUUGCCUAUAGGAAACAGAGUUAUUUUUAUUAAUAAUCAUAAUUCCUUUAGGUUAUCAAUAAUUAAGGUAUUUUAAGAAUGGUCAAUCUAUAAAUAAAAUAAAAAUAAAAUAAUCAUAUCAAGAAUAUUGAUUGUGAAUAUUAAUUCUAUUUCCCUAUUAUAUAUAAUAAAAAUAGGAAUUUCUUAUUAAUCAAACAUAAACAUCAUAUCUAUCUAAAACGGUAAUUAGAUAAUUGAAAAUUUAUUACUUAAUCAACUGUUCAUUGUGGAACAUAACGUAAUUAUGACAAAUGAUGGAUAAUAUUUAAUAUUUUGGGAUUAAAAAUUAAAGAAAUAUUCAAAAUAUUAAAUUAUAAGAGUAUGA